ACAGCCCUGAGCAGAGGAAAAAUUUCGGUCCUCCUAAAACCAUAAUCGAACACGUAUAAUAAAAAAACCAAUAACCUUUCGACCGCUCUAUAUUAACUCCUCCCAACAGCCAACCCAAAUUCCCAAAUCACAUAAAAACCCUAAAACUUCCCCACCUGUUUUUACCUAUUCUACUCUCAUAUUUAAAUAAGUCGAAUUACUGCCAAAAUCCAGGGGUUUGCACUUGGGGUUUGGGGCUGGGAUUUUAGAGAAACCAACUCGUUUGAUUCUUUGAAAACAAUUGAGAAAUGGCGACAACGACGGCAUCUACGACGGGACAGGUGAACGCGAAGAGAAAGCCGGUGUUUGUGAAAGUGGAGGAUUUAAAGCCCGGUACGAGUGGGCACACUUUGAUCGUAAAAGUGGUGGAAUCGACCCCAGUCAAGACUUCCCAGAGGCCUAACAGGGACCGUGCUCUCCUAUCCCGACCCGCCCCUCCGGCGCGGAUCGCUGAGAGCGUUGUCGGGGACGAGACUGGCACCAUCAUCUUCACUGCACGCAAUGAACAGGUUGACCUUAUGAAGCAUGGUGCAACUCUGAUUUUACGUAAUGCUAAGAUUGUUAUGUUCAAGCGAACAACAAUGAGGCUAGCAGUUGACAAAUGGGGACGAAUCGAGGUCACUGAACCUGCUAAAUUUGCUGUUAGAGAAGAUAACAAUCUUUCUUUAGUUGAAUAUGAACUUGUUACUGUUUCUGAUCAGGGUAUGAAUUAAGGGCUGUGACUAUGAGUGAAUGGAUAUAUUUUUCAAGGGAGUGAAAGCAACCUUGGGGCUUGAUUCUUGGUUUUGUGUCAUGAACAAUCACUUGAGAUGCUGUUUUUAUUGGUAUGGGACACAUUUCAUUGUUGGUUUUUCUUUUGCCUUAUAUAUACUGUGAUGAUCAGCUUAAA